UUUGUCUUUACACGGAUUGUUUACGGUAACGGUCAAAAUAAUGAGUGUUUACCUGGUUGUCUUCAUAGUUUUAUCCUAUUUUGUCUGGAUAAAAUGCAUUUACAAUCGACACCGGCGCACGUUGGUGAAGUCGUUGAAACAUGUAUUGCACGUCUCUCCUGGCAGAGAACUAGACGGUGCAGAUAUCAGAGCUCUGAUUGUAACUGCGCAUCCGGAUGAUGAAUGUAUGUUCUUCGCGCCAACGAUCAUACGGCUCGUUGAGUUAAAUGCCAGCGUUCAUUUGCUGUGUUUGUCUGAAGGAAACUACUACCAUCAAGGAGCUCAGCGUAAACAAGAACUUCUCAACAGCUGUGCCGUGUUGGGGAUACCAGGCUCCAGAGUCACCAUAGUGGACCAUAAUAAACUGCCGGAUGAUCCCAAAACAGAAUGGAGUGUCUCAUUGGUCUCUUCUGUAAUUGUGAAGCACAUCAGAGCUCACUCCUUCAACAUGGUGCUGACCUUCGAUGGAAGAGGAGUGAGCGGCCAUGCCAAUCACAUAGCCAUCCAUAAAGCUGUCAGCCAUCUCGGUUCCAGUGGACAAGUACCCGAUGGUCUGUGUCUGUUCUCCCUCAGACUGCUGUUUGCUCUCCCUGGUAACUGUCGGCCUCCUCAGGAAGUACAUCUCCUUCCUGGAGCUCCCCCUCAGCUGGCUGCUGCCCUCAUGUCUCUUCUGCACUACAGGCUCACGGGGCUACAGGCAAGCCAAAGAAGCCAUGUUUUGCCAUCGCACGCAACUCCUGUGGUUUCGUCACCUCUACAUCGCCUUCUCUCGGUACAUGUUCGUAAACACGUUCCAAAUCGUCCCACAAGGACCAAAGAACCUGAAGAUCUAUUAGGCUGAUCGCAUCCAUAUGCACUGGUUGUACUCUUGUUAGGUGUCCCCACUGGCUAACUACUUGAAACCUGUGAAUCGAGUUUCUGUUUACGCAUCCAAUGAGGUGUUUUCGUUCACAGUUCUUCCAGUACUUUAAUGGCUGAAGUAGCCUGAACAAUUUUUUUCAAUAGCACUUUCUAUAAAUAACUAUAUAGUAAUGGAAGCGUGUUGUGUCCUUUUGGCACAGAAACAUCUGUACUGUUUUGGGUCAUUACACUGUAUAUAAAAACAACACUAGGGUUUGAAUUUCUUAUCAUCUUAUAAUUCCAAAGAUUGUUGUAGAUACUGUCGAGUAUUUGUGGUAUACUUCUGAUUAAAAAAAAAAAGGUUUGAUUCUUCUA